UAGGUCCGAGGUGGAUAGAUCGAGUGGCGGGGUAUUCUGCAAUUGUGCCUAGGUACGUUGGUCUGAAUGAGAAUAACACGACACAAAAGUCAACCACCUAUUCAUUGCGCCCACUUCCAUGCAGGGUAACGAAUAGAGGACAACAAUCCUGUCGUUCCCAUGUACCAGCCAUGGAAAACAAGGUUGAAAUUAACGCUUCGCUUUCGAUAGAAUAUGUAAAUUCAAGCGGAGAAACUCCGCCCAACGGCGCCCCGCCCACGUCGUCUUUGGCCAAUAAGGAUAGAGCUGACGAAGAAAAUGACAACAUUGACAAAAGAUCUGAGGAGAAACCGGCGGGAACGAAGUUCACCUACCACCAGAAAGCCACUUUUGCCAGCGCUAUGAUGGCUUCACUGUCAAACAUGAUGGCCGCUUCCAUAAUUUCAGUUUUCUACCCCAUUGAGGCAAAGGCGAAAGGGAUGAACCAGACUGUAAUUGGACUCGUGUUUAGCGCAUUCGCCCUCACUGCAGGCAUUGGGUCACCGAUUUGGGGCAAAUUUAUUCCUGUUUUUGGAGCUCGGUUUAUUUUUCUGGCAGGAGCCUUCGUCACCGGUGGAUGCAAUGUCUUGUUUGGGUUUAUUGUUGACAUGCCAACCAGAGCAACUUUCACUGCGUUCAGUUUUGCCAUAAGGCUCUUGGAAGGGCUUGGAAGCUCGGCUACAAAAACUGCGUCAGCGGCCAUUGUGGCGUUUACCUUUCCUGAGAAUGUCGGCACGGCAGUGAGCUUGAUUGAGAUGACCGGAGGGCUGGCAUAUGCAAUCGGACCAGCAAUUGGUGGUCUGUUAUAUGAUGCAGGAGGCUUCCGGUUUCCGUUCUUCGCUCUGGGAGGGCUUGUUCUUGCAAUUGAUAUCGCCAAUUUCUUCUUAUUGCCUCAGCAGGGGCAAAAGAAGGAAGAGUCUGGGCCCUUGACUCUAGUUUUGAGCAUUCCAGCCAUUUGGUUGGCUUUACUUGCUGUCUUUGUGGCAGCGAUUUCCUUAACAUCCCUCGUCCCAACUGUGCCGAUUCAUUUAAAAGAGCUUGGUUUCACUGUGUUGCAGAUCAGUUUCAUCUUUCUAAGUUUCGGUUUAUCUUACGCAAUUUCCUCUGUGAUUUGGGGAGCUGUUGCAGACGCAAAGAAAGCCACACGAAUUAUGAUGGUCUUUGGAGCAUUUGGCAGCGCACUCUUUUUCCUAUUCCUUGGACCGUCGCAACUGCUGAAAAUACCCUCGACCAAGCUGCUAGCUAUCCUUGUUAUUCCAACUGGCACCGUUAUGAUGGGUUUGUUCAUUAUGCCGACAUUCGUUGACAUGUACAUCUCUGCAGAAUGGUAUGGUGUUCCUACCAACCUUGGGGUGACUUCUAUAAUAGCUGGCCUCUGGAACGGUGUAUUUGCAUUCGGGUCCUUGGUAGGGCCCUUGCUUGGGGGCGCUUUGACGCAGGUCUAUGGAUUUGCUUACGCGACUACAAUAUUCGCAGGUGCUUUAAUCUCUGUCAUGAUUGUACUGUGUCUGUUUGGAGUCUGGGAGUAUCGUUGUGGAAAAGGGAGACGGGUCCCGAGAUCACGGCUUGAAAUGCAGGCUAACACAACUGACGAGGAACAGGUGCCACUUAUACCAAAUGAUGUGUGAAGCGAGUUCAUUAUAGCAGCUGAGAGAAGACGCUUCACUUUACUCAAUUUUAUACCAAAUGCUUCUCUAGCCAGCCACAAUCAUCUUUGUUCCUAUCUCACGGAUUGACUUACUGACUGACUGACUGACUGUCUCCCCUACAGACUUCCUUCAGCCUCACCUUUGCCAAAAUUUGACUCGAAUGACUACCGGUACGUUAUACGACCCUCAGACCAAAUUGGUCUGGGACCAGCUUUGAAACCCCCUAAGGAGUGACAUUAAUAAUAAACUUAACAUAAACAUAUGGCUGGGAGCAAACGAUCACCAACUAAUUCACUCUGUUUGCGCUUUUUUUCCUCUCAAAAUUGUUUCACCGGUUUUCCAGCAUAUACCAACCCACUCCCUGUGGCAGUUUACCAAGCUUUCCUAGCUACAAUCACUAGAUCCGACCCCUAUAACCCCAACUGUUUAUUAAUUUGGAACAAAUGGUACCAGUAACCCUCGAGCUUGCCCAGUCUAGGCCCAAAUAUUUUUGUAUACCACUUAAUAUUUUUGGUAGACUCUACUAAAGUUAAACACAUUAACGAGUUUCUUCUAUAUACAUGUAUGAAGAAGUAGCUUAUUUUUUAAAAUAAUAUUGUCAACUUUGGUUUAACCAUAGACAAAUUAUAAGAACAAAGGUUUAAACCUAAUGUUUGUGCUACUAUACACUAUACUUCUUCAAUAACAAUUUCGGGGUCUAUUUUUUUUAUCUGGCAAGGCCGGCUGUUUGUGCGCAAAAGAAACCCAAAGCAGAAUGCUUUCUCACGGUUACAGACGCCUGAAACAGAAAAUAUAGUGCAUUUUGUUUUUGGCUUAGUAAAACAUAUGAUAGCAUAAAGU